GUACAAAAUAAAAAAUCAGUUAAACAUUGUAAUUUGUUCUACAUACAUGACUAUUGUGAUAUUAAUAUUUAUUUUACGUCUUCACUACGAAUCGAAUUUUAAAAGCAAUAAAAACAAUUUGUGAUAAAAAAAAAAACAAGUUUGUAGACGUCGAUACCACAGACAUGGAGCGUGCCUCAUCCCCCAUGUUACAACUACAUGCACCGACGCUCGUGCAACCGCCAAAGAGUCGAGGCAGACCUCGGGCGUCGUAUGCGCAAACCGGUGAAUUUGAUUUGGGUUUGAUAAGAGAAUAUCGCUCACGGCCCGCACUUUAUGAUCGGAACAACAAACGCUUUAAGGAUAAAGUCUAUUGUGCUCAGCAAUGGAUGCAAAUGUCCCACAAACUUGGCUAUGAGGUUUCAACGCUACGUGAGCGCAUGAUCACAUUGCGAAAUCGUUACAAUAUCGAGAAGCGACGUCUCGAAAAUCUAUCUGGUACAUCUGGUACACCAAUGGUGUCGCAGUGGCCACUAUACGAGAAUCUCAGUUUUUUGUCUGAACACAUACGAUCGAGGCGAUCGUAUAAGAUGAUGCAUAAGCUGGAGAACCCGCACGAAGACGAUGACGAUGAGGAGCCCUUCGAUGUCGAUGACAUGCAUAGCGAACUAAAUGGUCAUGCUAAACGGAUUAAGCAUGAGCAGGAACACGACUAUGAUGAUGGAGAGAUAUACGAUUGCGAUCGUCAGUUGCCAGUGACCACAGUACUCAACAUACCACACAACACUCAAAUAUUGAGCCAGGAAGACUACAGCUCGCAAUUGAAUGGCAGCGAUACGCUAAAUGGCGAAAGCGAUCACUUGGAUGGACUGCAUCAACCGGAGUUGGUGUUGGCAGCUGCUAAACACAAACGUAUGCAGUCCAUGCAUGCGGCGGGACAGGCAAUCUCUAGACGGCGGCUCAAUGCGCCUACCUCAUCAGGAGCAGCAGCAGCUGCAUUAAAACCAGAACUAGAAGAAUCGGCAUUGUCUGCAGGCGUUACAUCUUUAGCCAAUCCCAAGUAUAAAGCCUUUGGCGAAUUCAUGUCGCAUGUCCUCACCGAAUUGCCUUCGUCGACAUCUAUGCGUUUGAUUGCCAGCUUUUCUAAUGAGCUAACCCAGGCAACAAUUGCCUAUGAGCUCAGCCAACAGCCACCACAACAGUUGCCAACACAACAGCAACAACAGAAGCAACAGCAGAAGCGGGGAUCCGCAGAUCAGCAGCCAAGUAGCAUGGAUGAAACGGAUGAAUAGGAAUUUAGCAUUAAGACCACAAUCACUUACACAUGUAAUAUCUACAUUAUAAUUUCUUACAUAGGCCACAACAAAAAAAUAGUGGGUGGGAUAUGGGGGAGAGAGUUAGGAGGCCUUAUAAAUUAGAGGCCCCUCUCUAUAUGCCAAAACGAAUAAAACCAAUGUCAAUAGUUCCAGAUCGA